AGAUUUAGGGAAAAGUCUAAUCUAUUUCUGAGAAACAUGAUUUGUUUUUCUUGAAAUUCAUGAAAUCAGCCACACUUCAAAUUUGCACUGCAAACUGUAACAAUUCCUUAAAAUGGGAUAAGAAAUAUUUAAAAUGAAGAAUUUAGUUCUGAUAGUAGUGAUCUGCCUAGUUGCUCAUGAAAGGGUUACUGAUGGUAGGAUACUUAACAAAGAUCGAUGGAAGACAAGGUGGUGCAAGAGAGCUUACGCCGACUUUAAGAACGGAUCAGCGGUCAGUCCGGAUAUUCCUGGAUAUGCAACUCAAUUUAGCUGUAAACCAGGGUACAUGAGCAACAUCCCUUAUCUUAAGGAAAUCAUGUUCAAGUGUGAGUUUUUCAGUAAGUAUGGAUCGUACAUAUGGAACUCACAGGACGCGACAUUGGACGGCAAAAAUCUUCAUUUGGAUGACGUAAAAUGUUUCCCAGCAAGCAACUUAUGUGUUGACCCGGAAAAGACGUUCGGUAGCCAGUUACCAGCAAAUAUGAUCAUGAGACGGCUCGCAAACCGUACACUUGAUGUUGUCUUCAAUGGAAAGAGCCUCAAACGGGACGAUGCACUUCCAGGAGAAAAGCUCGCCUUUGAAUGUCUAAAUGGGUUCACAAUGGAGCAAAAAGGUUCCAAUCCUGACCCGUACGACUACCAUUACAACUAUGAAGAAGACGAUACCGUGGACUUAACCACUGAGCUCACGUGUGCGGAGGACGGUAGGUGGGAAGGGAGCGGUGAUAUCAAUUUCGGCUGGUGCUCGCCAAUAACAUGUGACGCAACGUACCUAGAGGAUUUAAUCCAUGGAAAAGUAAUCAACUACCGCGAGCAGUAUCACUUCAACGAGGUAUUAGUGAUUAAGUGUGAUUUCGGCUACAGGUCGACCUCUCAAACCAAACUGAAAUGUUUAGAGAAGGGCAGUUUUAGCAAGGAGGACAUAAACUGCGAAGCAAUGCAAUGUCCUUAUUUAUCGGAGCCUUUUUAUGGAUUCAUUGCACCUAAGCAAACUGCGUACCACGUUGGGGAUAACGUAACUCAUUAUUGCUCUCCCGGAUAUACUAUGAUUGGAAAAGCUGACUGGAUGUGCCAGGAAAACGGCGAAUGGGACUCUCAGUGUGUUAUCUGUGUGGCCAAAGACGACCACUGUCCCUCCCCGUGCAUCCCUCCUGGAGUGAGUGUCCUCUAUCAACCGAAGACAUUUCGUGUUGGCGCCCAAUUAAAGUUAACUUGUAAAACUGAAAGAGAAUACAGUGGAGACUCAAACAGGACGUGUUUGCUAAACAGACAUUGGAGUGGAAAACCCUUGGAUUGUACAGGAUGGUCGGUGUUCGAUAAAGAGGUUGGAUUGCAAUUAAGAAAGUCUUUAAAGACGAAAAUUGAACAGGCUGUUAUAGAGUUUAAUGCGACAGAAAACAACAGCACAUUUGAAGAUGAAGGUCCAACGGGCCGGACGAUUGAUGUUGAAAAUGCACAUGGCGUUGAUGUUUACAUCGUGGUAGAUGUGUCAAUGAGUAUUGACGAUUCCGAGUAUAAUAUAACGACAGAAUUUAUAAAGGCAUUAUUACCAAACCUUGGUAUAAAUGAUCGUCAAUACGGCACCAGAAUAGCGCUGUAUUACUUUGCAUCGACAUCCCAAAAAGUAUUCAAUACGCAUUACGGAGGGCAGGCAUAUAGAAAUUACAGCGAGGCUCAGAGGGAAAUAGAUGCAAUAUCAGUCGAUGAAAUUCGUAGAAAUAUUGGAAUCGGGACAGCUAUAACCAUUGCCUUAAGUGACAUUCUGGUAGAUAUUGAGGUGAAAUAUCAAGUGCCUUCAUUUCGUGAUGCUCAACAGAUCAUUAUACUAAUAAGUGAUGGUAAAUAUACUCAGAUGGGUAACCCGAAAACUAUCGCAGACAAAAUUAAAGAGGGGGAGAAAGCGGAAAUAUACUCUAUCGCGUUGGGAACAAUUCAAGACAUCGGAGUAGGAUUACAAGUGAUGAAAGAUAUCGCAUCGGAUAUUGAUGGAGAAGUCCACUUUUUCAAGAUAAACGCCGCGACAGAGGAGGACCUCAAACGUACAAUCGAUUAUAUGGUAAAUCCAGAUUUUAGAUCUUGUGGAGCAACCAGAGAACAUCUGACAGAUAUCACUCAAAAUAAAGCCCAGUAUGAUACAUACGCCCAAAGAUACGCAUGGCCUUGGAUGGUUCAGUUAAGAUCUGAUGUGGAACAUGUAUGCGGUGGAUCGCUGAUCAACAACAACUGGGUUUUGACGGCUGCGCACUGCUUUGGACCCCGGCAAUGCAUAAAGAGAAUCCGUUUCAAAACUUUAGAAAGAGAUGUCGUUGACGGCCAAGAUAGUUUUGAUAUGCAUCUAAAUCUCGACUUCGACAGUAAGUGGUAUGCAACCGGAGAAGACAUUUAUAUCCAUCCACGUUAUGACACAAACACAAGAGAAUAUGACCUUGCGCUGAUACGCUUGAGAAGCUCGUUGGAGUUUGAUGGAGAUAUGCAUGCAGUGUGCCUUUGGAAUAACGAUUUGGAAGAUGAAUUACAAAACUACGAUUAUCAAAGGUUUUUUGAGGAGUACCAAUAUGGUGUUGCCACCGGUUGGGGAUUUAAAGAUUCGGCUAUGACAAUCAACCCUAGGUUUUUAAAGCAGAUGCAGAUGCCAAUUCAAGAUACAGUAACGUGCUCAAGAAGCAUAGGUUACACAUAUACAGAACCUGAUUACAAUAUCACGUUUUGUGCUGGAGGAAUGAUUUAUAAUGGCGAUAAUAGAGCGAUGAUAGACACGUGUUCGGGUGACGAUGGGAGUCCUUUCGUGGUUAGCACACCGACAAAUCCAAGCAAAUACAUCCAGAUAGGUAUCGUGUCGUAUGGUUAUGGUUGUAAGAGAAUGGGAAAGUAUGGAUUCUAUACGAAACUGAACACAAACCUAUUGGAAUGGAUUGAGACGACAGUUAAAGCGGGUGAUGAGAAAAGAAACUAUUAACGACCUUUUGCUUGAUUUGAAGUGGUUAUUGAACCUUUGUUGUAUCUGGUUUUUUAUUUGCAAUGGAACGCCAUGACAUUAAAUGUAAAAGGAGACAAACAAUAUAUUUGGGAAUUAUGUGUCAUUACAAUUAUAUCGUUUUAUUUAAAAUAACAUCGUAUACCCGUAUAAGUCGUAGAAUAUGAACACUCAUUUAGUUUUGAGGUUUUUGGUUUUUCUCUAGACAAGUUAUAGCAUGAAUAUAGAGGGUAGGUUUAAGUCGGAGGAGAUAGAUGACGAUUUAUAAUUAUCUUGGUGUUUUUAAAGUUUUAACAUAAGCCAUUUAAUUUAAAGUUUCUCCUUUUGAUUGUAGAUAUAUUAUUUUCUAUAAGCUGAUGUUAUUUGGCCUUAAAUGCUUUACAGGCUGUUGUUCUUGUUGUUGGAUGUGGUGCUGGUGAUUUGAAUGGUGGCCAUUGCCAACCGGAGCAUUAACUGAGCUUACAAACGUUUGUCAAAUCAAAUUCUCUUUGUCUAUCCUUAUCGUCGGAAUUAUUUUCCGACCGUAUUUAAGAAAAUGCUGUUUGUAGAACUAUUAUGUAUGAUUUCAUAUUUUAUAUUUGUAAUAUAAAGGAUAAAUGUUCAUUUUCACUACCGGAAAAAUAUUAUUUUUAUAUGAUUUACCUCUUAAGAAAUUAGCAAUAAUUUCUCUUUUAUUCAUAACACUGUUUUGCACCUAAUGAUAUGUAAACAUUUUCCUUGCCUAAAUUCAUGAUUGUAAAUAUGUUAUACUUGCUAUAAACAUGUAUGAUGCAAUGACAGAGUUGAGAUGAGUUGUGUUGAGUUUAAUAGGAUCAAUAAGUAUUCAUGUGACCUGUG